GGCUGGUCUCUGCUGUCAUGACUUUCAAUAUUGUAUCCGCAUUGACUGCGAGUACGACUUACGAGUUCUCUCACUGCUGCCUAUUGAAUGCUGCUACAUCCCGCUCUACCCUUUGAUGUCUCUCUCCCUCCUUUCAAAUCUAUCCCUACACCUCAGUGAUCCUACCAACCUCUCUCCCCGUGCAAGAUGAGAGUUCUCUCACUCCUCUCGGCGGUCGCCGUCGCCUCGGCCUUUGUCAUUCCAGACCAGGCCACCCUCGAAUCGCUAGCGCUUGAGGAUCAGGAAUCUCGACAGUCUCAGGAACAUCCAUUCUGGAAGAAGGUCCACAAGGCGGAGCACUUCUGGCACGAUCUUGAAGAAGAGUUCACAAAGAGCGCAAAAUGUGCAAAGCACAGGUUCGAGGAAGUCGUUGAGUCAACACAGGAUGCUGCCGUACAAUAUGGCAAACAAUUUCAAGAUGCAUUCGCAGGCGAUGCCUGGUUGGAGAGUGCCGACUUCGAUCUAGACCUGCUAGAGAACCCACCUCGCGAUGAUCCUCACCAUGGUCCUCGCCGUCACGAAGGUCCCCCGAGUGAUGGCCCGCCACACCACGGUCCUCCCGGCAAAGGACCUAAGGGCCCUAAGAAGCCACACCAUCCACCCCAUCAUGGUCAUGGACCUCCAAACCAGACUGUCUAUGAGUUGAUCUCAAAGAGCAAAUAUACCACGAAGCUAGCUGCAGCUAUCAACGAGUACGAGGACCUUGUUGAGCUCCUCAACGGCACUAAGGCCAACUAUACCGUCUUCGCACCCACCGACAAGGCUUUCGAAAAGAUCCCUGAAAAGGCUCCAAAGCCUUCCAAGGAGUUCUUGAAGAAGCUUCUCACAUACCACGUCUCGACCGAAUUCUAUCCAGCUGGUAGAAUCUUGGCCAGCCGUACUAUUCCAACGGCACUUGAAGCCGAGUUCAUUGGCAAAGUGGCCCAACGUAUCUCCAGCCAGAUCUCUUUGAAGGGUCUUACGCUCAACUUCUACUCCCGAGUCGUUGCCAUCGACAUUUUUGGAACCAAUGGUGUCAUCCAUGGAAUUGACAGCCUACUUUUGCCGCCUCCCAAGGUUGUUGACAUCCUAUCUUUGCUGCCCGGCGAAUUCAGCACUCUCGGCUUUGCUCUCGAGAAGACUGGCCUGUACCCACUGUUCAAUGACACAACGACCCACAGUGGUGGUACACUUUUUGCUCCUUCCAACUUUGCUUUCAAGCGCCUUGGUCCAAGAAUCAAUGCCUUCCUUUUCAGCACCUAUGGUCAGAAAUACCUUAAGGCACUGCUGCUGUAUCAUGCCGCUGAUAACAUCACUCUCUACUCCGAUGCUAUCUACAAAGUCGAUUCUGCUGAGACACAUACACCUCAUUACAAGGUACCCAAGGGCUUCAUUCACGUGGACCUGCCCACUGGUCUCGAGGAUAAGAGCCUGAGCAUUGAUAUUGCUCGCUAUGGUCGAUUGAUUACCAUCAAAAUCAAUGGUUUCACCCGUGUCAGCGUCAGUGACGGCAUCGCUGCUGAUGGUGUCAUCCACGUUGUGCCCAACGUGUUGAUUCCCCCUAAGACGCCUGGCGGGCUAGGUGUUGCCGAAGACGAUAUGGAUCUUGAUGAGUUCAAAGCAAGGCUGGCUCCUUUCGUUGAGGAAACAGAGUCCAGCGAGGGCUUCAGCUUCACUCCAGAAGACCCUGAACUGUGAAUGGACAGGAUUGUAUCCUUGCAUGUCGGCUAGCCGACACGGCUGAUGCUCGUGUCUGAGCACGGGUACAAUGUACCCGACAUUUAUGUAUAUAGCGAUGCUUACGACGAAUCACGAUCAUUACUGAGUUAGAUGUCUUGAUAAUCAUAAUCAACGACUCAAAUGGAGUUUGAGUGGCAUGAGAAGAUAUAACAACA